UGUAAUUUUUUUGCUUUGUUCCCUCCACCUCGUUUCCGUGUCUAAGCCAUCUCACGCCCGUCACCGUUCACACCAUCGACGCCCUCUCUCCAGUCUCCACGCCACACCAAAACUGAUUUGUGGGUUUAGGGUUUAGGGUUUUGAGCGAUUGUGUUUUCAGCGGCGCCAAGGGACUCCAUUCAUUCACACUGCUUCUUUUUAACGUUCUGCAUUGCUGCACAACUCACUAAGCAAUGGACGUCGACGAUGCGUCCGACGCAGAACCCGCCGCCACCACCAGCGCCGGUUCCGCGGCCAAGAAAUCGAGGCAGCGGAAGAGGAAGGAGCACACGGCGGACAAGGAGGGCCACGCGGCGGCGCGAGAGAAGCUGGCGAAGAGAAUCCUCUUGUCCCUGACGAGGCCUUCCUACGUUCUAGGGUUGGGUCCCAAGCCUCUGCGGCUGGAACACCGCACGAGGCUGCGCUACCUGCUGCGGAGGCUCGUCAACCAGCACCACUGGGUCGCCGCCAGCGGCGUUCUCAGUGCCUACUUGAAGGGGACGCUCACUGACGCCUCUCCCUUCAGGAACCGUCUCAAGUUUUGGGCUUUAUUCGAGCUUCUUAGGCACGUGGACAAGUCUUCUAUGAAUCCAACGAGAAUGAAGAAUCUCUAUGAUAUUUGGUCCAAGAAAAUUGGAUCAAUGAAGACUUGGCCAGUGGAGAGCAGAUAUGCAGUCCAUUUGGAGUUCAUGUUUUUCUGUCUUUUGCAAGGCAAUGCUGGGGAUGCAUACCAGCUUGCUCUAUGCCUUGAGCAAGAAAAAGUUGAUGUUGAUCCAGUGUCAAAGAUGAUGAUGGGUUUGACAUUCUAUGAGCUAUGGUAUUCUUCUAUCUCCAAAGAAUUCCAGUGGAGAAAUUCAGAUCAGUUUGACUUGCAAGAGAACUCACAUAUGGAGGGAACCUCAUUCAACAAUGAAACUGGACAGUUAGAGUGGUUUAAUUCAGUUGAAUCCCACAUGGCUGAAUCCCAAUAUCAACAUGAUUCGGAUGCCUCUGUCAUGAAUGAUAAGCAGAUAUCUAGAAAUGUUGUCUUCAAUGAAGAAAUGAAGGUUGAUGCUAACGAAAGAAAAAAACCACACCAGAGCUUUCAGCAGGAAGGUUUUUACUUAAGUUCUGAAGAGCAAAGAUCUGGAGAUCCUUUUUCUAACAGUAGAGAUCUUCCACAUGAUACCUUGCUUGCCCUUUGUGGACUUGAUUUGUGGCUGUUGCCCUUGCAUUUUUCUGAUGAGAACAGUUUUGAGGAGUUCAUGUUUUUGCAAAGAAGCCAACCUAAUGACUAUUACAAAAAUGCAGUGAAAUAUUUACAACUAGCUCUCAAUUCAGAACCUUCUGCUUCAGCUGCAUUACUUCCAUUGGUACAGUUGUUGCUGAUUGGAGGUCAAGUUGAUGAGGCUCUAAAUAUGCUUGAGAAGCAACGCUGUAAGUCAGCCUCUGUACUCCCAAUUAGGGUAAGGGCUGCUCUCUUGGAGCGUUUAGAUCGAAACAACUCUCCCUUGCUUCUUAGCUGUUUUGAAGAUAUAUUGAAGAAGGAUCCAACAUGUAGUGAUGCCUUAACGAAACUUGUCAAGAUGCACCAAAAUGGAGACUAUUGUCUUGAAUCUCUGUUGGAAAUGAUUGCUUUACAUUUAGAUGCUACAGAUGCAGAAUACAAUACGUGGAAGGUAUUCUGUUCAUGUUUCUGUAAACUCUCUAACUACGAAGAAGACUGUAUGUCUUCAUGCCCCAUUCAAAAUGAAGAUGAACGCCUGCAGCAUUGUUCCUUUACCAAAACCCCUAAAAUAUUUACGGAUGGUGUGUUGGGAAAAUCUUGGAGGCUUCGCUGCAGGUGGUGGCUAACAAGACAUUUCAACGAUCACAAGCUCCAAUCAGAAAUAGAAGCUGGUGAUUUGCAGUUAGUUACAUACAAAGCAGCAUGUGCAUCGUAUAUGUAUGGACGAGAGUUCAACUAUGUUGCGAAGGCUUAUUCUCAUUUAGAGAAAGAAAAUGAUAAGGAGUUAUUGUUGUUCUUGGAUGAGCACAUGGGAAGUUCAUUUGGAAUUUAUAAAAAUUUCAAAAGAAAUUUACUCAUAUAACAUAAUAGUGUUAAAUAUUUAUUGCAGUGGUUAAUCAUUGUUUGAUUACUUUCUUUAUCUCA